CUUCAGUGGUGCUGCGCCACCUAGCAAGACGAAGGAACCGAUCAUGAACUCCAGUAUGCAGAUUCAUAUAAUUGGGUGUUUAGUUCUUCUGGGUUUGGCAUGUGGAGUCUGGGGUGGUAAUUAUGGCUCUAAGCUUGUGGGUUUCCAGCAAUUUACAACUUUGGGGGCUCAAAUUCAGAAACUGGAGCCAUAUCUGCAGCCUUGACGGCGAUUCAUCCUCCUAAUGGCGAAAGCUUCCUUGGAAAUCUCAGGACGGGCUUGCGAUGGUUGACUUAUCAUUGAUUUUAUUAGUGAGCACAAAAGCAGAGCAUGCUCUGUUUCUCUUUCACACUCUUGAUUCAACAUUUUGUUUUGGCCUUUCUUCAACGGCGUCAUUCUUUCUGGCUCUUUGCAGCUGAAGAAUUGAAGCUGCCGUACUUGAGUGCGUAUUUGAACUCACUUGGGUCGAGUUUCAGGCACGGUGCUAACUUUGCAACAGGAGGCUCAUCGAUUCUUCCUGGCAGUUAUAGUCCAUUCCGUCUGGGUCUUCAGAUUUCUCAAUUCAAACAGUUCAAGUAUCGCACCAGUGUUCUGUACACUCAACUUUCAGGAACAGAACCGGCUGUUAAAAGCAGUCUUCCCACUGUUAAAAGCAGUCUUCCCAGACCUGACGAAUUCUCUAAAGCCCUAUACACCUUCGAUAUUGGACAAAACGAUCUAUAUUUUGGUUUUCAACACACUUCAGACGAGCAAGUUCGAUCAUCUAUUCCUAAUAUCUUAGACUCCUUCUACCAAGCAGUGCUGCAACUGUACAACGAAGGGGCUAGAAUCUUCUGGAUACACAGCACAGGCCCAAUUGGGUGCUUGCCUUACAGUGUCAUGAAUUACAAGUCUAAGCAGGGUAACUUCACUAACCUGGGUUCAAAUGGGUGUGUCAAAUUUCAGAAUGAGAUCGCUCAGGAAUUUAACACAGCGCUUAAGAAACUGGUGUUUGAGCUCAAGAGAAAUCUCCCUCUUGCCAAAUUGACAUACGUAGAUGUGUAUUCAGCCAAAUACCAAUUACUCAACGAUGCAAAGAAACAAGGGUUUGAGAGUCCGUUGUUGUUCUGUUGUGGAAGUUAUUAUGGUUAUCAUGUGAAUUGUGGGACGCAAGUCAUAGUGAAUGGGACUGUUUAUGGGAAUCCCUGCAAGAAUCCCUCUCAACAUGUUAGCUGGGACGGCAUACACUACUCUCAAGCUGCAAAUCUUUGGGCAUCUAAACGCAUUCUCAAUGGUUCCUUCUCUGACCCUCCAAUUCCAAUUGGCAAGGCUUGCUUCUGACUGUCACUAAAUUCAAUUCAUUUGCUGUAGAUAGUCACAUGUUUUGAGAUAAGAGCAUUAUCUUAUUCUUUGUUUUCUUGCUGAUCAUUCUAUAAAAGGAAAAGACAAAUGUUCCCUAUAGUUAUCGAAUUUUAUUUUUAAUCCUUAUAAUUAUUUUUAGUA